UAGAAUUGAUGGAGCCUCUAACCCUAAUACGGCUGCAGACAAGAAACGAAGGUUGUCUCUCCGCUUCCUGCGACGAAGUAAGUGAUUCUUCCUGGUUAAAAGAGAUCAACAAACAGUGAACCAGAGUUCCUGUUGCCGGAGGAAAGUUGUGUUGUCCAGAUUCAGGUCCAGAAAGAUUGAUUCAUUGUUAUUGAUUCAUUGUUGAUUGAUUAAUAUAUUGCAUGUUUCUUUUGUUCUUUCAACUGAGACUUCAACGAAGAAGAAGAAAAAUAAGAGCAAAAGCAACAAGAAGACCCAACAGACUGAUCCACCUACAAUCCAUGUCGUUAAGCUUUUUCCAUCUGGAGAGUUUCCUGAAGGUGAAAUCCACCAGUAUAAGGACGAAUUUUAAGACUAUGGAUCUUGAUCUCUGUAGCAAUUUGUGGAGAACAACAUCUGAAGAGAAGAGAGAUUUGGAGCGUUUGGAGAAGCUAAUAUACAACUCUGUACGCCAGACUGCAGAAGUUCAUCGCCAGGUUAGAGAAUAUGUAAGAAGCAUAGCGAAGCCUGGAAUGUUGAUGACUGAUAUAUGCGAGACAUUGGAGGAUACUGUUCGUAAGCUUAUAUCAGAGAAUAGUCAGCUGGGUUGCUGCUCAUUGGAUACCAAACUCCGGAGACAAUACUGUACUUCCAUAUGACGAUGUUAUGAAAGUGGAUUUUGGAACACAUAUUGAUGUGUGAUUAAUGUACUUUCCUCAAACUUACGACCUUCAUGAUGAUUCAUCUAUUCUCUGCACUGAAGAAGAGGUGCAGCUUGGUGUCUGUAAUGGCUGAAGUGGACCGAAUUCUUAGACCACAAGGAACAUUUAUAGUAAGUGAUGACUUGGAAAAGAUAGGAGAAAUUGAGAAGAUGGUGGAAUCACUGAAAUGGAAUGUAAGAAUGACACAUUCCAGAUAUGGUGGAGGAGUGAUCUCUGUUCAGAAGUCAUAGUGGCGUCCUACAGAGAUCGAGACCAUUACAUCGGCGAUAGCAAGUGAAAGAGAAUUGGUUUAAUGUAGUUUUAUGAGAAUGUUUCUUUUAUGUCAUGUUGAUUGUUUACAUUGUAUUAGGCCAAUAUGUGUAUCUUUUUUUGCAUUGACGAAAAUUGUAUACAAGACAUUGUCCCUAUAAUGUAAGCUUUUAUAAGUU